UUUUCUCUUCCCUUCUUUCUUCUUACGGCCUCAUCUCUCAUUCCAUCCUUCCUCUCCAUUCUUCAUUCCUCAUUCCAUCCGGCUCUUGAUCUCGUCCUCCCAUUGUUCCUCCGUAUUUUUGUUGCUACACCUUUUAUUAUUUUUACCUGGCGUUCCUCUUCACGCCCUCCAAUUCCUCUUACUCGUUAUACUUUCACCGGUCCUACUUUUAGAUCAUUAUAAGACCAAAGGGGUAACAAAAUGUCUUCACAAGUGUCUAUGGCCUCAAAGGCCUUUCUUCCACGUCUUGGUGUGACUGGGUACCGCCUCCCUACCCAGAUGAUGCGACGGUCCGCAAUGGCCAUCUCUUCUUCCUCUGGCAAGCGUCAGUUGUCGUCGUCGCCUGUGGCAGCAGAUAAGACCUACUUCCCGCAAGUUUCCCCUACAAUCCAGCAGAAUCCACAGCAGCCGCGCUUAUCGACGCUGAAUCUCCAGCGUCAAUACCAAAAACAUGCCUCUCCAUCCUUGAAUCCAUACAAGUCUAUCGCGAUCCGUCGAGAGGGCAAAAACCGUUGGGAAAGGCGCGUAGCCUUGACGCCCGAAGCAGUCGAGAGGUUGAUCAAGGAAACAGGCAUCAAGGUCUAUGUACAACCUAGCACAAAGCGCAUCUUCUCGGACGACAAAUACAGGGCUGUAGGCGCCAUCAUCCAAGAGGAUCUUUCACCUGCUGAUGUGAUUUUGGGUAUCAAGGAAGUUCCAGUAAAGGACUUACUUCCCGGGAAGACAUAUGUCUACUUUUCACAUACACACAAGGGCCAAAAGCACAACAUGCCCAUGUUACAAGAUAUCCUUGACAAGAAAAUUCGUCUGAUUGACUAUGAGUUGAUGGUGAACGAACGGAAGCAGCGCUUGGUUCUCUUUGGAAAGCAUGCGGGGUAUGCAGGCAUGAUCGAUGGGAUUCACGGUCUGGGCCAACGAUUGCUCGGUCUAGGCUACAGCAGUCCUUUCUUACACGUCGGAAUGUCUCAUAACUAUAAGUCUCUAGCUUCUGCAAAAAUUGCACUUCAGUCCCUUGGAAACACAAUAUCAGAUGAAGGCACACCUAAGGCGUUUGGUCCCAUGACGUUUACUUUUACUGGAAGCGGAAAUGUCUCCAAAGGUGCACAAGACGUUUUCAAGUCUUUGCCUCACGAGUUUGUUGAUCCAAAGGAUCUUGCCAAGAUUGCUCAAAGCAAGAAUGCUCGUUUGGAUCGUAUUUAUGCUACUGAGGUCAACAUUGAAGACCACAUUCGCCACAAGGACAAGAAUGUCUUCACUACAGCAGAAGAAUACUACAAUCACCCCGAACAAUUUACAUCGGUCUUCCAUAAAGAGAUCGCUCCGUAUUCAUCUAUGAUCAUCAAUGGUGCUUACUGGGACGAGCGCUACCCUCGUUUGAUGACUAAGGACCAGUUGAGGGCCAUUCAGAGCGAUCCUUCUAACAGAUUCAGAAUGCUCAGCCUUGCAGACAUUUCAUGCGAUAUCCGUGGUUCUUUUGAAUUCAUGUCUCAAGCGACUUCAAUUGAAGAUCCGUUCUUCUAUGUGGAUGCUAUCCAAGGACGGGAGCACAAGGAUGAUGAAGCACCUGGUAUUCAGAUCAUGUCUGUUGACAUCCUUCCUUCUGAGCUACCUCUGGAGAGCAGCCAGCACUUCAGCGAUUCACUUUACCCUUUCAUCAAGGAAUUGAUCCGUGACAACACCGAUCAUCCUGUUAUCGCCGGAGCCACUAUUGCAGAGAAUGGAUCCCUCAAGCCUGCACACAAAGCCUUGAGUGGGGUUUUGAGGGAUACUAAUGCAAAGGAAGCUCUUGCUAAACUCAAGGUUGCUAUUGGUAGCACUGGACAAAGUAACUCUGGAUCAAGCAACAAGCCAAAGAAAGUCUUGUUAUGUGGGUCCGGCUUCGUUGCAGGGCCUUUAGUUGAUUACUUGCUUAGAGAUUCCAAUAUCAGUAUCACUAUCGCUAGCAACUCAGAGGUAGAGGCUACUUCUCUGGCUCUGGGCAAGCCCAAUACGAAGGUCGUACCUUUAGAUGUCAAAGAUAACAAUACUAUGGCUUCAUUAGUCAAGGAUUCAGAUAUCGUUGUCAGCUUCGUUCCCGCACCUUUCCAUCCCAUCAUUGCUGAGCACUGUAUUCAAAACAAAAAGAACAUGGUUACUGCAAGCUAUAUUAGUCCGGCCAUGCACGCUUUGAACGAGAAGGCCAGCCGCGCUGGCAUUACCAUCAUGAAUGAAAUUGGCCUGGACCCCGGUAUCGAUCACUUGAGUGCCAUGAAGAUGAUUGAUGAGGUGAAGGCAGAGGGUGGCAAGGUCACAUCAUUUGUGUCCUGGUGUGGAGGCCUUCCUGCUCCUGAAGCUUCGAAUGUCCCCCUGAGCUACAAGUUCAGUUGGUCUCCAAGAGGAGUUUUGACAGCUGGAUUGAAUGAUGCCAAAUUCAGGAUGCAUAAUGGCUUCCAUGAGAUUAAUGGCAAGGAUUUGAUGAAGAAACACUUCCCUGACGUGCCUAUUUAUCCUGGCUUCAAUUUGGAGGGUGUUGCCAACAGAGAUUCUUUGAGUUAUGCCAGCACCUACGGAUUAGGGCCUGUUGAAGAGCUGGACACCAUGUUCCGUGGAACUCUUCGCUACAAGGGGUAUGCUGACUUAAUGUAUUCAUUCAACAAGCUGGGGCUUUUGAAUGCUCAAGAGAGUCCACAGCACUUUAACACAUGGCCGGAGUUUAUGGAUAGCCUGUUGUUUGAAAAGACCUCACUGUCGUAUGACAAUGAGUCCCGGAGAGCUGCCAUUGCGGACCGUCUUGACCUUCCUAAAGAUCAUGCCAGUGUCGGCAAGGUUGUCGAUGCUCUUCAAUGGCUCUCCUUGAUGCCCCUAUCCAAUGCCAAGAAUAGCAGUCCGGCGGCUCCCUUCACGGCCAAGGACUCGCCAACGACACUGGAUAGUUUCUGCAAGCUGCUGAUGAACAAGCUUAAGUAUAAUCCAUUGGAGCGCGAUAUGGUGAUCUUACAUCAUGAAUUUGGCAUUCAGCUCAAAGAUGGAAGCGAACAGACUCGUACCUCAACCUUGGUGUCGUAUGGUACCUUUGAGACUUACACAGCCAUGGCCAAGACUGUAGGACUGCCUGCAGCUAUGGCCACAGAGAUGCUGCUGAGGGGCGAGAUCCCAGAGAAGGGUGUACUAGCACCCACGAUGCCCCAUGUAUACAACACUAUUCUAGAGAAACUUAGCCGAGAGGGCGUCAAUGUGGUGGAGGAGAUUGUGCAGAAGGGUAUGCGACCAUCUUUAAAAUGGAGUGGUAGUGGAGUAUUCAAGUAAGGCAAUAAAUGACAUUCGCAUAGAAGAUUAAUAUAUUUUGCUUCAGGAACUGAG